CCUCUUCACUUCACUCUAUUUAACCAUCACUCACUCCACACUCACUCUCCAUAGCUCAAGAAAGAAAGCUCCAACGAGACCAGAGAAACCAUGGCGCUCGGCAAGGCUGCGGUGGCCGCGUUGGCGGUGUCCCUCCUCCUGCUCAGCACCAUCAAGGCCGCCGACUAUCCUCCCGCCGCCGCUCCGUCUCUCGGCCCUCCUCCCCACAAGAUCGUCGACCCCUCCAAAGACUGCGGCGACGCCUGCGACCUCAGGUGCAGCGCCAACUCGCGCAAGAACAUGUGCAGCCGGGCGUGCCUCAAGUGCUGCAGCGUCUGCCGCUGCGUGCCGGCGGGCACCGCCGGCAACAGGGAGACCUGCGGCAGCUGCUACACCGACUGGACCACCCACGGCAACAAGACCAAGUGCCCGUGACCCGCCUAGCGUCGUCCAUGUCUAUAUCUGCUCCCGAUUCCCCUGCCAAAAUCACUCCGCCUACAGCUAGCCUCCUCAUGGUUCCUUCCUGUGUGUUGUUUGGACUCUCUAUGCUUAUGUUUUUUUUCAUUGUGUAAAAUUGAGUACCCCUGUAUUAGCUGAGUGUCUUUUUAGUUUAAUAUCUUUACUAUUAUAUUCCAGUUA